CAAAUCUCACUCUCUGAUUUUCUUUCACUCUCUCCCAAGUCAAGUCCAUGUCCACUACCCGCUCUUCGCUCUUUGCUCUUUACUCUUUCUCACAGUAACAAUGGAGGCCAAAGACGAGUCAGUGUAAAUUAAAGGUUGCAGUCCACCAACAAGAAUGUUGAAGCUGGAAACAUUGGUUAAGGAGAUGAAAUCAGAGACCAAAACGGAGUUUGAUAUUGUGAAGAACCGGCACGAGCACCCAUUGAUGUUCUACAGGUAUGGAAAAUUCGACGGCGACGUUUGCUGCUCGAGAUGCCACAAACCAUGGUCUCCACCGGCGUUCAGCUGCUCCGAUUGCAAUUUCCAUCUCCAUCAAUCGUGCAUCGAAUUCCCUUUGGAAAUCCACACCCCCUUCCAUCCCCAUCACGACGGUCCUCUGUUUAUCACCGAGAGCAACAACUCUUGCAACUGCUGCUCCCAAAAGCCAUUCGGAAAACUUUACGAAUGCCGCUAUUGCAGCUUCAUAAUCGACCUUCAAUGCGCCAUCGUCGAUACUAAAGCCAGCGGCUUACAACAGAUACCGGGCGGUACCGGACAGUAUCGACAUUUCGCCCAUCCCCAUCCAUUAACUUUUCAGCAACAGCAACAGAGGAUACACAAAAAAGUUGUUUGCCUUGUGUGCCAACUGCUUAUAACUUCAGGUUCUACUUCUACUUACUUUUGCGCUCGUUCUGAUUCCUAUUUUCACAAACAAUGUGCUGAGCUGCAUCGAGAGAUUCUAAAUCUUGAUUUUCACGAGCAUUCCCUGUUUCUUUUUCCCCGACCAAUUAAGAAGAGUUUUUGCUAUAGUUGCACAAACGAAUGCACCAAAUUCUUAUACUCCUGCCCAUCCUGUGAUUUCAAUCUUCAUGUAGCGUGUUUGUCAUCCUUCAAACACCAACACGACUUCACCAAUUUCCGCAAGUUGUUUCCUUAUGACUGCCAAUUAUGUGGCAGGCCAGGGGGUGAUGAAUUUCCUUGGUAUUGUAGCAUCUGCCAACUUUUCGCCCAUAAAAAAUGUGCAACUCUCAAAAUGUCUGAAUAUGAUGAUGAUCAUCAUCAUCCAUCCACACAUUCUUCAUCCCACGAUUCUGACAUUGGUGCUUUGGUGGAGAAAGAAAAUGGGGUACUUGCACAUUUUAGCCAUGAGCAUGACUUGACCCUUUGCUCCAGUGAGGAUAUGGAUAGGAUUUGUGAUGGGUGCAUGCAAUACAUAUCAAAUCAAUCUCAAUCUUAUGGCUGUUCAAAGUGCGGCUUCCAUCUACACCAAGAAUGUGCAAGAUUGCCAAGACGACACAAGAAUUCCUCACUCCAUGAGCACGAGUUGAGUAUGAUUUAUAUCCCAAAUGUUGUAUUCUCCUGUGCUGUUUGUGUUCAAUAUUGUCAUGGCUUCGCCUAUCACUGUGCAAAAUGCCACUAUGCCAUUGACAUUCGAUGUGCUGCAAUUACAAUCCCAUUUACACAUUCAAGUCAUCUUCAUCCUCUGUUUCCUCACAAUGGGAAAAAAGGACACAAGUGCCAAGGUUGUGGGGAGGGGCUGCAGUACAAACAAGCCUUUGGAUGUGAUGGCUGCAAAUUUUAUUUGGAUGCAAGAUGCGCACAUCUACCAACUAUAGUAAGAAAUAGAUUUGAUGAACAUCCUUUGAUCCUCACCUUUGUGAAUGUGCCUUUAGCAGUGGGAAAAUUGUACUACGAACGUUAUUUAAAACCUUGGUAUGAAGAUGUAGAUGAAGAUGAAGAGAGUGACGAAUAUUUCCCUGAUGAUAGUAGUUGUGAAGAUGAUGAGGAGAAUUACCGUUACCUUUUUGACGGAGUAAGUGAGGAAAGUGAUAAAUAUUUUUGUGAUAUUUGUGAAGAAGAGAGAAUGGCAGAUGGGGCAUUCUACUGGUGCAGGUUGUGUAGUUUUGCUGCACAUCCAAGAUGUGUUAUUGGGGAUUAUCCAUUUUUGAAAUCGGCAAAGUUUGAAGAUCAUCAGCACCCACUGAGGCUGGUGAAAGAGGGCAAAAAGGGGUACUCGGCUUGUGGUGCGUGCGCCAAAUCUUGCGAUGGCAAAUUAGCCUUUGAAUGCGGGCGUUGCAAGUUCAGUGUGCAUGCAUUUGGGCCAUGUUACCACCACCAGCUUACACAAUCCCGAAUGACUUUCGUUAUGCCUUCUCUUCGCGAUCGUUCGAUUCAUGUCUGCCUAGCCCCACAUGAAAGAAAGGGGACCAAGCUCACUUCAGUGCAUAACUUCGAGGCAGAGUUGGGAAGUCUUUCUCGGAAAAUCAAAAAUGAGUUUUUACGUGAUCUUCCAGGCUUAGAGAGAGCUUAUUUCAAGUAUAAGCAACAUAAAUAAUCAUCUAAUGCCUAUGAAUCUAAGAGUGUCCUAUGUGAAUAUAGGAAUUCAAAAUUGGCAUCAGAUAUCUAAUCCAACCGGAGGAAAAGAAAUAUCGAAUGAAACUAUCACAAUAUGGCGCCCCCUAAUAAGUGUUGGAUGUAAAUUCGAAAUCUUUAUUGCCAAACUAAUAAUUAUUUGAUAUAAAUUAGAGAUAUUUCGUAGCGUUCAUAAAUCCAACUAAGAAGGUUUA